AUGGUCCCUAACGGGUCGUGGUCGUUGUCGACAGAGUUAAAUGAGACCACCACGGAAAACUCACACAUCCUGACCACCACGAUAUGGGACUACGAUCGACCACCACCAAUAAAGCAUGCGGGUCUGUUGUUGAUAGUGAUCCCGAUGGUCACAAUUCUUGGCAACUUACUUGUCAUCAUCUCUGUGCUACGAUAUCGAGCUCUGCAGACAGCAAUUAACUUCCUUAUCCUUGGGCUUGCCGUCGCAGAUCUACUGGUCGCACUGUUCGUCAUGCCUUAUGCGGUCUACGUUCACGAGAAUAAAGAACCAUUUUCUAUCAAGCAGGCAGAAUCACCGCCUUCUGGGAAUGUCCCUGCAGUUAUGCCGCACCCAGGAGGAAGAGAAAGGGUCAGGGUGACCUGUAUCCUAAGCGUUGAGGCUCCAAAUGCGAGCACCGGUGUCGCCUUGCUACAGUGCCCGCUUGUGUACCAUUCUACGGCUCUCCGUCUACCCAGAGCAAAGACAGAACUCAACAUGGACAAGCGAUGCUAUGUUAGCUAUGAAUUGAGCACAAGGGAAAGGAGAAGCUUUUUGGGACGAAAAUAUCAGAAAAUUUAG